CGUUUCAUAACGAAAAUGUGAUUAAAAUGAAUCUUUAUAAUAAUGUUGACAAUCAAUCAUAAUCCGUCUAUAAAGAAGAAAAAGAGAUGAAACACUAGCAUUAAGACUUUCACUUCCUCAUAUAUUUAGUAGAAGAAACAAAAAUCCAUGGAAGCUGAAAACGCAUCUGAAUUCGAUUUGGCUUGGCUCGACUCCAUACAAACCUUUCUUCUCAAUGAUUUCGAUUCCGAUUUCGAUUUCAAUUUCGGUUUGGAUUCCUCACCUGCAAAUUCUCCGAUCAAUGCGACGGUUCCUAUCAAAGACGAGAGCAAAUCUUCGUCGCAGUUGCUGAGCGACGAGAGUGAUUCCGCGGGCGUUGCGGCGGCGGCGGAGUGGAAGCGGUACAGAGGCGUGAGGCGGCGUCCGUGGGGGAAGUUCGCGGCGGAGAUAAGGAAUCCGGAUAAGAAAGGGUCGAGGCUGUGGCUGGGGACGUACGAGACGCCGGAGGAGGCGGCCGUGGCUUAUGACAGAGCCGCCUUCAAGCUGCGCGGAUCCAGGGCUCGGGUCAAUUUCCCUCACCUUAUCGGGUCGGGCGUUUUGGAGCUGACCCGGGUGACGAAGCGGCGUCGAACUUCGAAAGAGCCGUUGAAACAUGCGAAAAAUGAAAAUGAAAUAGUAUCGUGUAGAGGCUGAUUAGGCCUUUUUUUUUCUCUUUCUAACUUUUUUUGGAUCUAAAUUUGGACAACAAUUAUGUACACUUGAAGCCUCACAUAUCAGUAAUUUUGUUGUUCUCUAACUCAGAUUAAUUUGGACAAAAACGGAUGCAGCCGUGCU